GAGAGUGAUAAGUAAUGAAUGGACUAGUCGAUUUACUUCACAGAUGUACAUAUUAAAAAUUAAUAUAUACAAUUGUGGUUUAUCUUUGAACAUUACCUUUUUAUUUGUUUUCCAUCGCACGAUUAAAUUAUACCAAAUACUAUAAAUCAAUGUAUUUAGUGUUUUACUAUAUAAUCGCGAUAACGUCGGUGAAACGAUUUCUUACCAUCUACCAUUAAACAUCAAAAGUUAGUCGGAUGCGUGUUGAUUUCAUUGUUCAGUCUGAAAAUGUUUGUGUUACGUAAUUGGCGUUCGACCAUUUUUGUAGACAGAGUGUUACGACCGUCACGUAACUACAUUAAUUCGAUCACUGGACAACCAUCGGAAACCGGGAUGUAUAUUCAUGCAGCCAACGCCCGAUUCCCCAAGUUAAAAUAUUAUUCUAAUACAACUUUUACCGAGUUCAAAUGUUGGAAUUGUCAAACAGUCUCUGAUACCAAACCCAGUUUGUUUUGUAAGACAUGCACUUUGAUUCAAUCAAAUGAACAGCAGAACUUCAACUAUUUUGAGCUUUUCAAUAUUGACAAUCAAUACGAUAUUGAUACUGAACAGUUGACUUCUAACUUCAGACAACUACAAAAUCUCAUGCAUCCCGAUAGAUUCUCAAACAAAACAGAAGAAGAAAAAGUACUGUCAGAAUCAUUUUCUUCAUUAUUGAACAAAGCUUAUACAACUUUGAUGAAUCCAUUUCUUAGAGGUCUUUAUAUAUUGAAUAUACAUGGCCUAAGUAUUGAAGAAACUUCAGUAACUAUGGAUAACAGUUUUUUAAGUGAAAUAAUGGAGUGGAAUGAAAAAGUUGAAGAGGCAGAUUCAAAGGAAUCCCUUGAAAACAUAAAAAAAGAUGUAGAUGUAGUUUUAUUGAAUUUAUACAAGGAACUAUCAAGAGCUUUCAGCGAAAAAAAUUUAAGUCGAGCAAAGAUAUUAUUAUCCAAAGCCAAGUACUUUACUACAAUGUUAGACAAAAUUAAAGAACUAGAUAUGUAAUAAACUAAUAAAUGAUAAUACCCAAAUUUUAAACUGUUAA